GCACAACCCCAAUUAAAGCAGAAGAAGAAGAAACGUCAACAGGAAACACGAUGUAAACAAAGCUAAACAUCACUAACUGUUAGCUUAUGUCCGUGCGCUUCCUGCUAACUGACUUUAAACAUUUAACUUUUAUUAUCUUAUCUUAUUAUCUGUCUGCAGUUUGAUCUCGCAGCGGAGCUGUUAGCUGACUGCAGCUAACGGGAGCUAGCUGCCACCGUUAGCAUUCACCAAAAUGGAUGAUAACAAGAUGGUGGCUGGUAAAGUGAAGAAACCGGGCAAACGCGGCCGCAAACCUGCAAAGAUCGACCUGAAGGCCAAACUGGAGCGAAGCCGUCAGAGCGCCAGAGAGUGCCGAGCGAGGAAGAAGCUGCGCUACCAGUACCUGGAGGAGCUGGUGUCCAGCAAGGAGAGAGCCAUCUGCGCCCUGAGGGAGGAGCUGGAGAUGUACAAGCAGUGGUGCUCAGCGAUGGACCAGGGGAAGAUCCCGUCGGAGAUCAAAGCUCUGCUGACGGGAGACGAGCAGAAGACGUCUCAGAGCGGCAGCAGCACCAAGACGUCCAAGAAGAACAGCAUCAGCAACUGAACAUAACCUGCAUGUAGUUUUAUUCUCUAAUCUUUGUUUCACAGACGACACACGGAGCUGCGUUUAUGUGAGUAAAGUUUCAUCUCAAUCUCUUUUCUUCUCCUGUAACAAACACGGCGCUUCAUCGGGGCGUCCGACGCACUUUACACUUCGUUAAGACACGAGGCCUCUUCAGGGUCGAACUUUGAAACUCCAGUUCAGCAUUCACAAGUCUUUGUUCAUUUAUUCUCAUAACUUCUAAAGUUUGUUCCUGAAAUAAAUCUAUAAAUAAAUAAAGUUAUUCUUCAGGCGACGGUCUGAUUAAAGCGAUGAUGAUGUAACAACACGACUAAAUAUGAAACUCAGCUCUGGUCACAUUCUAUCUUUACAGAUCAUUGUUUAGUGUAAUAAGUCACAUCGGUGAUUAAUAAACUGGAUUUAAAGAGCGUCGGCGCCCCGAUGGAGACUUCUGGUUCAUAACUCCUGUUUUAAUUUGCUGCCCUUCACUUUAUAUUUAUAUAUUUAUUUUAAAUAUGACUUAUGAAUUAUGUCUGCAGGUGUUUCCUGACAAGAUGGCCGUCCCGCUGUAGCACUAAAAUAAAGAAAUGUACAGCGAUGUUGUCGGAUAUAUUUUUGUAUUUGUAUUUUAUAUAAACGGGCUCAGAGUCGGUUCUUUGUGCAAAGAUUGUAAAUGAUGAAGAUUCCAGACGAGCGAUGCUUCUCAUUCAGUUUCACGUGUUUUUGUAUUUUCUUUCGGCUUCUAAAUCUUUGUAAACGUCACCUUCUGUCCGUGAGGUGAUGAGACUUUGUGCACUUUCUUCUCUUUGGCAGAAGCACUUUGUUAGAUGAUUGUAGUUUGAGGCUUUGCAACAAUAAAUAAAUAAAUGUGUGUGAAAAACAAAA